UGAUUAGCUUGCAUUUGGUAAUAUUUUAUCUCAUGACCAUCAUGUUUUCAUCUGAGGUGUAUUUAUGCUCCAGAAUGAACAGCAGCUCUGCAGCUGCACAUACAGCAAGUGCAUGUUGUAUAUAUAGGGGACACUGACAGCCGUUGUAGCAACCGAUAUGUGUUAUGACCGUCGAAUUCCGAUCUGAAUGAGCGAGAAAGAGAAGAGGAGAGGAGAGGAGAGGGAAAGCAAGGCUGUCAGUGAUGAUCAGAGACGUGCGCUGCAUGCAAAAGCACAACGCGGCCAUUGAUUAUCACUAAAAUGGGAGCGCAGCGUCGCGAGCGGAGCACAGCGCCGUCAAUGGGCACUCUCUCAACGCAGGACGCACGACUGAAAACACACCACAGCCCUGGACAUGGCACUGAAGAUACAGAAGAUUCAUCUCUUCUCAUAAGGGUGGCAAUCGCAAGGUAAUAAAAACAAUAAUAAUUCCACGGUUUUUAAACGAUUUGGACAGCGACAGCUUCUUUGUGUCCAGAGAAUCCGCGCCUGGGUUAACAAUGGAAUUUUGACAGCUGUGCUUUCCAGCUGUUUUGUCACCGUUGUGAAGAAGAAAACGGCUUACAGCCUGACCAAAGUGGCAUUAGCUCAGUCAACCGUGGGUGCUGUAAGAUAUGCUGAAGAAAUAUUAAGAAGAUGGAACAAGUAGCUGUCAUAUUGUGGCACUGUAUUCAUAGGUGAUUUAUGCUCUAAUACAUCUGAUCUAAGACUGUAAGUCGGAUCUGGUGAUCCAUACUGAAUAUUCAUUGUAGAAAUAGCUGCACAAAUAAUAGAUUCUGUGACAACGAGGACUGUCACGCUGUUGAAUGUAGACACUCGGUGCACUUCCAUUGUAUGUAAUGUUCUAGGUGAAGACAGAGACAGCGAGAAGGCUUGUACGGAUUGUCAGGUGAUGUUGCUGGGGUGUUAGAGGCAGCCACAUGCAUCAUCACCCACUUAAUCAGCAUCAUCAUGCCCACAAUGCAGGAUCUUGGCAUGAAUUAUAACUCGAGUGCAGUGCCCUGGGACCCUGGUGCUCUCCAGCCACCCUCGCUGACAAACAGUGCUGUGAAGAUGGUGGCCAUAUCAGCUAUUGUGUGCAUGUCUCUCUUUGGCAAUGUGGUGGUACUGCUGGUGUUCCAAAGAAAGCCACAGCUACUGCAUGUGGCCAACCGCUUCGUGCUCAACCUACUGCUUGCUGAUCUGCUACAAACGGUGCUCGUCAUGCCGUUUGUUAUUGCUGCCACCGUACCUGAGGUCUGGCCACUGGAUGCCCGUCUGUGUCAAGCCCUAGUGGUGCUCAUGCACCUUUUUGCUUUCACUGGAGUAAACACUAUUAUCGUCGUGUCAGUGGACCGCUACCUGGCCAUUAUCCACCCGUUGUCAUAUCCUACACGCAUGACGCCUCACCUGGGAACUAACCUGAUCGCUCUUACCUGGCUGUUGAGCCUGCUGCAGAGCACCCCACCUCUCUACGGCUGGGGAGCUAUCGAUUUCGACCGUCACCAUAAUGCCUGCACCAUGGUAUGGUCCUCCAGCCACUCGUACUCAGCGCUGGUGGCCACUCUUUCCUUCUGGCUGCCUGUGGCCAUCAUGCUUGGCUGCUACUGGAUGGUGUUUAGGGCAGCCCGGCGGCAGAAUGCUUUGGUGCACCCUGUUCAGACGAACCACCCUCCAGACUCAGGCUCCAGUCCCCACAGGCAGCAGCAGCUCCAACAAGAAGGCCCUUUCUCAGCCACGAAUCCUGCCAGGAACAGGCACCGACGCUUCCACUACCACUGCAAGGCAGCAAGGGUGGUUUUCGUCAUCAUGGCCUCCUAUGUGCUCAGCAUGGGUCCAUACAGUGUUUUGAGCACCAUUUCCAUACGUUCCAGCACUGCCGUGCCACCAUGGCUGGCCUCACUGGCGCUUGUCCUCUUUUUCCUGCAGUGCUGCCUGCACCCAUACAUCUACGGCUACAUGCAUCGCAGUGUGCGCAAGGAGUUCUUGGCACUGCUCUGCGGGCCACGAUGUGGACAGGCCCGUCCAGGGCGAGGUUCGGCUGUGGACAGCUGUUUUACAGUGACAGAUGGGCGGUCAGCACAGAUGCAUAUCCCCAGCCAUAUGACCCGUAUGUGUUCCCUCCAGACUUGGGAGGAAGGGACAACAUCAUCCUCACCUAUAGACCGGAGGUCAAGGGAGAGCCACAAAGAGACGACGUCUGUGAGCCUGAGCUCUGAGAGGGAGCUUACUCUGCAUAGCACCAAAUGAAAUGAUUGUUUUCUAUUUGUAAUGUUCUUGAGGCAAAUGAAGACAUCAAUUUGCAUGACAGGGUCAGUAGUAAUUAGUCCAGGUGACUAGGUUUGUGUGUUAAAGAUGUCUGAUUGUUUAUCCAAGAGGUUUCAUCAGUUUUACCUCGAUAUACCAUUAGACUUUCAAAAUGGCCUGGGUGACUGAAAACCCACAAUGAGUGGUUAUUGGCCAGUAUAGUGGUUAGUAGCUAUUAUUUCUCAGUUUCUUAAAAGUGAAAUUCAAAGGGUCAAAUACACAGACAGCUCGUGUAUCUCUGAUAUUCCUAUUAGCACCUAAAUCAUGUGGGGUUGCACAUAGCAAAAAUGGUAUUCUAGUGUUCUUGAUGCAGGAAGUAGUGUAUUUGAUGGCCUGUUGAUAUUGAAUUAUUAUGAAGUUAUAGGUAUGUUAAACAUAGUAUAUUUUUUACUAUUUUUUGAUAUAGUAGAGAUUUACAUGUAUGUCAUUUUGUGAUGCAAUAUUUGUAUUUCAAAUUCAACCAAAACAUACAUAUUUUGGGUCCAAAAAGUUGUAAAGACAGGGAGAAGCCCUGACGUUUAAACAUUAGCGUGACAUAAAUCUAGCUGUGGUUCCUCAAAUGCAUGGGUGGAGAACAUACACUUUCAUGAAAAAUAAAUAAUGAGUUUUAUAACAAUAACAUAAGCAGGUGGUUUUUAGGACAUCAAAAUUGCAGGUGAGCAACAAGCAAAAUUUUGACAAGGCAUUUAUUAACAUUUUAAAAGUAAACAAUGCUAGAAGAUAACCUAACCCACAAUUACACUUUACCUGGAAGACUGACUUCAUGUGGAGGUCACUGGUGUUCCUCAUGAGAGCAUCCAGUGUGCAAAGCCUCUCAAAGUGCAGUACAGUGUGUGUAUUGUCUUACUUCUUGACCACUGAAAUGCUUUGCUGGCACUAAAGCAGUCAGCUCUGUUUUAGAGUGUUUCUCUAAGAGAGCUGUAGAGUAUCUCACUGCCUCUAAGAGAGACAUAAUUAAAUUGGUAUGCCCACCAAAUAUUCAAAGGGGUGACAAUCCCCAUGGGCACUUAAUGUUCUGGAGUGGACCGCAGCAGAAGGAGCAACCUCUUUCAUUUCUGUAUUCAGAUUUUUCCCAUAAUACACUCAUAGGGCUGCACAAUAUAGUCAAAAUAUGUUAAGAUUUGAUUGCCUUACACUGAAAUACUGUAUAAUAGACUAAGUUAUUAUUGACAUCAUGACAUAAUACCCACACAUGCUUCUGACCCUGUUUAAAAUGCUUACAGCAUAUUUCAUGAUUCAUCAGUGUAUUUAUUUGCACACUGCAGAAGCCAAUAUCACAGUAAUGAUUAACAAACAAUAUAUUGUGCAGUCCUACUUAACACAUGACAAAGUCUGGAGCAAUAUUCAUUCAUACUAAGCGAUGAAACUGGGAGAACAAAACACUGAUAGACUUUCACUACUGGCUAGUGAAUUAAAACACUGGAAACAUGUCCUCCCCUACAGAAACACUAAAAAAAACCCGGUCUAUACUAGUAUAUUAGUUUUUUUAAUUGUCUGACAUGUCUGUCUCUAUUUGUAAAGUUUCAUAGCCUUAGGACACAUCACCUGUCCUUCACAGAACAGUCAAUAGUGUGUCUGCUGUUUUUGUUUUAUAUGCAUCAUCAACCAGACUGUUAAGCUUACAGUCUCAGCGAAUGUGGGCAGAAUAAAGACAUUAUGAAGGUGUGUGUUUUUAAACAGACUGCAGUUGAAAUCUGGUUAAAUGAUGAAAUAACAAGUUAGUACCUCCGAAACUUGAAACUGAAUAGUUAAUUUAAGCCAGUGGUUCCUCAGUCCCUGGUCUUGGGAACAUCUUGCACAGUAUAUUUUUGUUUUUUCUUUUUCCAAUGCACAUGAUACAACUCAUGAGCUUAAAAAGGCCUUGUUGUGAUGAGCUUGUGUGAGAGCAGGGAAAUGCAUCAAAAACAGUAUCCUAAGCCUAAACCAAUCCUAAUGUAGACAAGUUCUAAAUUAAACCAUUUUCUAGCAAAGGCUUAUAGGAAUAACUUGAAGAAUUAAAGUUCUAAACAUUUUAUCUAUUAUUAUUACCUAUUAAUCUAGACUGGUUUGAAUAUUUGAAAUGUGCAACAUUUAUGUUUUUUCAACAAGGUUAUAGCCUGUCAUUUUCAUAUGAAUGUUAAGACAUGACAGUCAUUUGAUGACUCAAUUCAACCGACAUUUGUUCCUCUGUAGUAAAUCAAACAUUUAAUGAGUAAACAAUUAAGAUCCUUAUAAUGCAAGGCAUUUUUUUUUUUAAAUUUGUACUUAUAUUAAGAACUGAAUCGUUUUAAACUAUGUAGAUAAGUACUGUAAUAAUUUAUAG